AUGUAUCCGAGGCUGAAAUUGAACUACCCACUGAGGUGGUAUAGAUUGUACAGUACAAUAGACUCACAAUCCCUGAAAUUGAGAAGUGGUUCGAAGUUCGUGAAAAUAAAAUCCGUAAGCAGCUUGAGGGGUAGCUCAUCAGCAGAUUUUGUUUCCCCACCAAAUUCCAAGUUGCAAUCUUUGAUUUGGCAGAACCCUUUACAGAAUGUUUAUAUAACAAAAAAGCCAAGGACUCCGUCUACAAGAGAAGCGAUGGUUGAAUUCAUAACACAUUUACAUGAGUCAUACCCUGAGGUAAACGUAAUUGUUCAACCCGAUGUUGCGGAAGAAAUUUCUCAGGAUUUUAAGACUCCCUUGGAGGAUGAUCCCAAUCGACCACACAUACUUUAUACUGGGCCUGAAAAAGAUAUUGUAAACAGAACAGACUUACUGGUAACAUUGGGAGGUGAUGGGACUAUCUUGCACGGUGUAUCAAUGUUCGGAAACACACAAGUUCCUCCAGUUUUAGCAUUUGCUCUCGGAACGCUGGGGUUUCUAUUACCGUUUGAUUUCAAGGAGCAUAAGAAAGUCUUCCAAGAGGUUAUCAGCUCAAGGGCGAAAUGUUUACACAGGACAAGGUUGGAAUGCCACUUGAAGAACAAGGAUAGCAAUUCAUCUAUCGUAACGCAUGCCAUGAAUGACAUAUUCUUACAUAGAGGUAAUUCCCCUCAUCUUACGAACCUAGACAUAUUUAUUGAUGGCGAGUUUUUAACAAGAACCACGGCAGACGGCGUGGCACUAGCUACGCCAACGGGAUCUACAGCAUAUUCAUUGUCAGCGGGAGGAUCUAUUGUCUCUCCGUUAGUGCCUGCUAUUUUAAUGACCCCAAUUUGUCCACGUUCAUUGUCAUUCCGGCCACUUAUUUUGCCUCAUUCCUCUCACAUUAGAAUAAAGAUAGGCUCCAAAAUGAAUCAAAAACCAAUUAAUAGUGUGGUAAAGCUUUCUGUUGAUGGUAUUCCUCAACAAGAUUUGGACGUUGGUGAUGAAAUUUACGUUAUAAAUGAGGUCGGCACUAUUUACAUAGAUGGUACUCAACUUCCAACAACUAGAAAAACCCAAUCUGACAUCGAUAAUUUGAAAAAGCCCAAAAGAUCUGGAAUUUAUUGCGUGGCAAAGACUGAAAAUGACUGGAUCAGAGGAAUCAAUGAACUUCUAGGGUUCAAUUCCAGUUUUAGGCUUACUAAAAGACAGGGCGACAACGAUUAA